UUCCUGCCCGCCCUCUUGGCUUCCAUCUCUCUCCCCGCGUGUGUACGCGCUUGGUGCCGCGGUUUCCCGGAGGCCUUUAAACCCACUCCAGUCCACACACACACCCGCUUGCAGGCUGCAGAAGAUGAAAGAAACCAUCAUGAAUCAAGAAAAGUUAGCCAAACUGCAAGCACAAGUGCGCAUUGGUGGAAAGGGGACAGCCCGCAGAAAGAAGAAGGUUGUCCACAGAACAGCUACUGCAGACGAUAAGAAACUACAGUUCUCCUUGAAAAAGCUGGGUGUGAACAACAUCUCUGGCAUAGAAGAGGUCAACAUGUUUACAAACCAAGGGACAGUUAUACACUUCAACAAUCCCAAAGUACAGGCUUCCUUGGCUGCCAAUACCUUCACCAUUACAGGUCACGCUGAGACCAAACAGCUUACAGAGAUGUUACCCAGCAUUCUGAACCAGCUUGGGGCAGACAGCCUCACCAGCCUGCGAAGACUUGCAGAGGCCCUGCCAAAACAAUCUUUAGAUGGUAGAGCACCACUUGCCACUGGGGAGGAAGAAGACGAUGAAGUUCCUGACUUGGUUGAGAACUUUGAUGAAGCCUCAAAGAAUGAAGCGGUCUAAACUGAAACCACUAUGGAGCUUAAUAAGCUGAACAGAGCUGCUAUUUUAUAUUGUGAUUUAUCUAUUUGUGCUUUUUUUGUUUUUGACCCGAUGAGAUUAAAGUUUGAAUUCCUUUUAAAGAUGCCCAAUAUGUAGCAGCUCGCUUCAGUCGCAUUCUGUGCAGACCCCUUGCGGCCCAGCCCAACUGAAGACCACUAGAAAUAAAGAUUGAUCAUGCGUAAAACUUUA